CCAAAAAACCAAACAUUCCUCGGGAAACAAAUAGAAAUUUUUUGUUCUUCCUCGUCUUUCAUUUCGUCGCUCGCCUACCUUUGAUUUCCAUACAAGAAUACGAAAACCAGCCUCCAAAUUGCAUCGAGAACCCUCUGAAGCCUCCGAUAUUCCAAUCCGUUGUCGCUCUACAUAGCCUACGAGGGCUUGCUAGAAUCUGUGACUAGCAUAAGCUGGUUCUGGGCUUGCAACGUUGUGAAAGACUAGUUGAUCACUUUAUCCAUAUCAAUUGAAUUUUGAAGGUGGCUUUGAGUUUUGUUAUGAUCUGACCUUCUAAUUUCAACCCAAUAAUGGUUCUUGCUGGUUCAUUGCAAUUGUCCCAUGGAUUGGGACUUUGCAAGAAUCAGAGGUACAGAGAACAAUUUAAGUGUGGAAUAGAAAGGGACAAGUUACAUUCCUUAAACACCGGCCUUACAUCAAGAUUUGUGUUUCAGAAGCAGGAUUCUUGGAGUAUGAGUUUGUCAGACAAUGUAUACAGGCCCUUACAUACUGUAUCUCACAGAUAUCAAGCAUUUAAGUGCCAUUCCGUGCUAACAUCAGGCCAACAUGGCUUGAAGACAGCUGCGAUGGCGUUGACAAGAUCAUAUAAUGCUUUGCAAGGUUGUCCUCUUGUAUUCAAAUUGGUUCCAUCAGUUGGCCUCAUUAUUUUUUCCGUAUGGGGUCUUCCACCACUUAUGCGCCUGAUCAGAAAUCUGGUCCUUCAAAAGAGUGAUAGUAGUUGGAAAAAGAGCAAUACGCAUUACGUGACAACCUCAUAUAUUCAACCUUUGCUGCUUUGGACAGGAGCAAUUCUCAUUUGCAGGGCAUUGGAUCCAGUCGUUCUAUCUACAGAAGCUAGCCAGGCUGUUAAGAAACGGCUUUUGGAUUUUAUAAGAUCAUUGUCAACUGUUCUGGCAUUUGCCUAUUGUUUAUCAAGUGCGAUUCAACAAGCACAGAAAUUUUUUAUGGAGAGUAGUGACUCCAGUACUACAAGAAAUAUGGGUUUUCAAUUUGCCGGGAAGGCUGUUUACUCUGCAGUAUGGGUUGCUGCUGUUUCGUUAUUCAUGGAGUUGCUAGGUUUCUCUACCCAAAGGUGGCUUACUGCAGGAGGUCUUGGGACAGUACUAUUGACUCUGGCUGGUCGUGAGAUCUUCACCAAUUUCCUGUCAAGUGUAAUGAUUCAUGCGACUCGCCCUUUUGUUGCAAAUGAAUGGAUUCAAACAAAAAUUGAAGGCUAUGAUGUAUCUGGAACUGUUGAGCAUGUGGGUUGGUGGUCACCGACAAUUAUAAGAGGUGAAGAUCGUGAAGCAGUUCACAUUCCAAACCACCAGUUCACAGUGAAUGUUGUGAGAAAUCUCAGUCAAAAAACUCAUUGGCGUAUCAAAACUCACCUUGCCAUCAGCCAUUUGGAUGUCCAUAAGAUAAAUAAUAUUGUUGCAGACAUGCGCAAAGUCUUGUCCAAGAACCCUCAAGUUGAGCAGCAGAGGUUGCAUAGAAGAGUAUUUCUGGAUAAUGUUACCCCUGAAAACCAAGCUCUUUUGAUCUUGAUUUCCUGUUUUGUGAAGACGUCACAUUAUGAAGAGUAUCUGUGCGUUAAGGAAGCUAUAAUGUUGGAUCUUCUUAGAGUCAUUAGCCAUCACAAGGCCCGACUUGCCACACCAAUUCGUACGGUUCAGAAAAUGUAUAGUGAUCCCGAUUUGGACAGUGUGCCAUUUGCAGAUUCAAUGUAUAACCAUGCUGGAGCAAGAUCCAGACGCCCAUUCAUACUGAUUGAACCCUCAUACAAAAUCAAUGGAGAAGAUAAAAAAAGGAGUCGUACGCAAACCAGUGGAGAGCGAGAUGGGAAGGCCACAAUGCGGCCAUCUCCUGACUCCAAGGCCAGAGAAACACCAACUUCUGACACCAAGUCAGAUUCUAAAGCCGGAGCAACAUCAGUAUCUGACUCCAAGACCAGAGAAACACCAACAUCUGAUACCACAGCAGGUGCCAAGAGUGGAGAAACGCCAAAUUCAAACACAAAGGAGGACCCGAAGGGUGCAAAAUCAUCUACAUCUAAUCCCAAAGUUAGUGACAAAGAAACAGUGAAGUCAACACUUAAUUCGGUCUCCAAGUCAAAUUCUAGAGACACUGAAAAGUCUGAUUCUGACUCCAGAGCAACGGGCAUAGCAUCUAAUAAUUCGGUGCAGAACUCUGACAGAAAGCAACAAAAGACUGCAAGUGGAUCAACGACUUCUCCAGUGAAACAGGAAGGUGAAAGGACGCCUGUUCCCGAGCCACCAAUAUCAAGGCCUGCUAUAGAAGAAAACAUAGUGCUUGGUGUUGCUUUAGAGGGCUCAAAGAGAACCCUUCCGAUUGAGGAGGCGAUGGCUUCCCCUUCGGCUCAUGCAGAGGCAAACGAUUUGGCUCCUUCCCACAAUGGAACUGCAUCUCCUAUUAAGGGUAAGAAAAAUGAUCAGGUUCCGGCUGCACCAGGGUCAACAUCUGGAAAUGAUUGAGUUUAGGAAGAUCGAGGGAGUCGUAGCUUUUGCGCCAUGCAAUUCCCUAGUCUCUUUUAGAACAGGGCACUGUACAUUGUCGUUUACACACACUAGUUUUCGUUACUCUUGCAAACAGGGUAUGCCAUUUUGCGGCGGGCUGAUUGGAUUUCAUUCUGCUUCAAUAAAGUAUGCUACGAUCAGUCACUCAUGCGUGCAUUUGAUGAUUUUGACCA